UGUGAAACAUUGUUGAUGGCAUCACUUCGUGCUCGUCUGCUUCGACCCUUUCUUCGUCCUUUGGCCAUCUACCGUCUGCCGCUUCUCGAAACCAUCUGUCCUAUCAAUUUAUUCGUUGUUUGCGUUUGCCAUUUGCUUGUGAGGUGGGGACGGAGAAUUGGCUACUAAUUGCUCGGUCGUUGGUCAAUCCUUAAAAGGCGUUGGAGAGGGGCCUCCAUUUUUUAGUUAGUCGAUGAAGACAAAAGGACACGCAUAUAUACCCACCCUUUGCUCUACCCUUUUCCCCGUUUUCAAUGGUCAGUUUGCAUUGCAAUUAUGCUGCAGCAAUGCGACCUGCACAUCGGUUACUUCCUCAUGUUCCCUGGUGGUCAAUUCAUUUUCACAAACGCUCUGGCUGUAGCCAGGCCAAUUCUCUCGCAACGCAGCCGCACAGUUUUUUUUUUCUUCUUUCUGAUUCAACAUCUUUUUUUUUCUCAACACCUCUUGUUUUUUUGUCCAAGUUGAUAUUUAAUUUAUACUUUGAUCGCUUGACAGCUUUCCCCUCCUCCCUAUCCACUAUCCACUAUCCACUACCCCCUUUUUCCAUUCGCUUAUUGCUUUCAAUCUUGAUUUUAGUCUUGCACGAGGAAGUGCUCGCGGCAGCUUGCGUCUUGCGUAUCAUUUGGCUAGCUGGAACUAGUCGAAUUUUUUUCCUUUUGAUAACAAUGACAAUGCCAUGCAUGAUAGGCGAGGCCGAAACUGAUCGAUAAGAAUGCGCGGGUUGCAUCGCUUCUGCGCUUUAUGCUUAUGCUGAUAGGCGUUCAUGUAUGCUACGCGAAUGUG